AUAUAUAUAUGGCCAAGAAAGUCGACCAGUCUUUCACUCUUCACACCUCUUCAAGAAAUCGAAAACCAGUCUGAGAUUUCAAUUCAACUCUUUUCUUUCUUCUUUCUGGAGAAGUUUCACUGGUUCUCAAUUAUGGCGUUUGAGCAUUUGAACGGCGCUUCAAACGACGUCGUCGUCCAGGAGCCUCAGGGAUUCGAGUCAUGGAGGAAAGCCAAACGGACCAAGAGAAUGUCCGACGAGGAAUACCUGGCCGGAUGUCUCCUCUUGAUCUCUCGAAGCGGCGCCGCCGCCGGAGGUGGCGACGGCGACUCAAUCUCCUCCUCAUCCUCGGCGGCAGUUGAUACGGAGAGGCGAUCGGAAUCGUUGAUCCAAACGGCGGCUAAUCCGACGGCUCAAACUAAUUACGAGUGCACCGUAUGCGGCAAGGGUUUCUCUUCUUACCAGGCGCUCGGCGGCCACAAAGCCAGCCACCGCGACAGGCCACCUGUCGCCCCCGCCGCCGCCGCGGCGGCGGCGCCGGUGACGGAGACGGUGGUGGUUGAGGCUAGUAAAUGCGGCGGCGGUCCGAAACCGACUGGGAGGAGCCACGAGUGUUCGAUUUGUCAUAGGGCAUUUCCGACGGGACAAGCGCUGGGCGGCCAUAAGAGGAAGCACUACGAAGGUACGAUCGGCAGAGGCGGCGCCGGGAAAAAAGCUGCCGUGAAUUCGUCGGAGGUUGGAAGCGGCUCGAUUAUAACAUCGUCGUCCUCCGACAACACCGACGGCGGCGAUGUGACUCCGUUCCGCCGGAAUUUGGAUUUCGACUUGGACUUGAACCUGCUGCCACCGCCGGAGCUUGAUUUGAGGCUGUAGAUUAUUAUUUUAUUUGUUUAUUUCUUUUUCGGUGGAUUAAUUUGAUCGUGUCAACGUAUUGACACAUGUAAAUAUAUAUUGUAAAUCUUAUUUUAUUUUAUUUAUCGGAUUUGUUAGUUUGUUGAAA